UUAGGCAAAUGGCAUUCAUCAGUACCCUCACCUUAGCCAAUCGCUGUUCAUAGAAACGCCCUGCUGCUUGCUGUUCGAGAAAAAAAAUGUUGGCUAUUACAUUAUACUUCUUGUUGGCCAUUGCCACCCAAGGGGCCUUAUCUCGCAGUGCCUUGAGCGAAGCUGAAAACAACCUUUCGGCUGCUAUCCUCUUGAGAGAUCAAGCCAUGAAGGAAAAUCCUGCUCAGGCAUCUCAAUGUUUCGAGGUCUAUACGAAGGGCAUCAAUGCUGCAAAUGAGAAGUAUGAGACCAAAUUAAAUGGAUGUCUCGAAACUGCUACCACUGAGACCGAGAAACUUGAAGCCGAAGUAGCCGAUGAUCGUGCUCAGGUUACUGCUAAUGGUGAGAGUGUCUGUUCCUCUUACGAAGAAUGUUCCCAAAAGGAAUCUUCUUCGGAUUUUUUUGAGUGUUAUGUUAAAGCGGCUGAUGCCUCUCUUGCAAAGUCCUUGGACAUUCAAACUGUCUCUAAGACCAAGAUGCAAUACGUCAACUUGCGUUACCAAACCAUUGAGUACGAUCAAAAGCAUUGCUCCGACGAAUGCUCCAAUGCCUAUGUUAAAGAAUCAACUCGUCUCUACAGCGAAUUGGACAGAUGUUUGAAGACUGGUGUGAUCGUCACCAGCGAACCAGAAGACGAUGAAGAAGUCACCGAAGAUUACAACUAAAUAGACUCACAAAAAUUAAUAACUUUUAGAAGAGAAUUAUUGACAUAACGGCGCUCCGCAGCGUUUUUGCCUUCAGAAACAGCGAUAAUAAAUUUUCAGAAUAUAAAAAGUUAA